AUGAUUCAACAUUUUAACAUGUUUGAACAUUGUUUCAGCCCUAGUACAACUCCUGACGAAGGCAGCCUGAAAGAUUUCAACUCUGAUGGAGACCUGGUUCAAAAAGAAAACCCUGUGAGGAGUAAGUAUGAGGUGUAUGAAAUUCUGUGUCAGCUGUUUCUCAUGCUAAGACAUACUCAGUUGAUGUUUUGACAACUUUUUGCCUUCAACUGUCUGUCUUCAGGUACUGCACCUCCCCCACAUGAAAGCUAUGAGUAUCCCAACCUGCCUAUCACAAAAAACAGACAGGAGGUAACCUGUACAAUCUAUCCACCGCAUACAAUCAUGUUGUCCCCCUGAAGUUCUCUGUCUUCAAGUUUUGUUGGUUUCUGGAACUUUCAUCAUGUCCUCAGGACAGAUAUGCACUUAAGCCCUUAGGUUUUGUCUAGGAUGAGUUCUUUAAUGUUGUAGAACAACGGCUGACUUUAAAGUCGGUGAUCUUUUUGUGGCUUGAUAAAGUGGAGUGUGUGCCAGGGUUAUCUUUUUUAAAUAAGUCAUUUAUAAUGCAGAUUCUUAAGUGUCGACUUGAGACAACAAUUCAGCUUUAUACCUCUGUUAAGUAAACCGUUUCAUUAACUAUUCUUGUAUUUUCUUUUUAUUUCAGUAAUAUGAAACAAUUGACCAAAUGGGGUUUCAACAGUACGUGUGUAUCUGCCUGUUUCUGUUUUCUGUGUCUUUGUGUUGGUGUUCCUGCCUCCAGCUGGUUUCUCUGGUGGAGAACAACUCCGUAGUGAUCGUCAAAGGGGCCACAGGCAGUGGCAAAACCACUCAGCUGCCACAGUACAUUUUGGACCAUUACAAUGAGAAGAAUGCCCCAUGCAACAUCGUGGUCACCCAACCACGCAAAAUCGGGGCAAGAAAUGUUGCACAAUGGAUCGCCAAACAGCGAAAGUGUACCUUAGGCAGUCUGGUGGGAUAUCAGGUUAGUGCAACACUUAGAGGCAAGAGGAUUUAAUGAAGGUGUUUCUUUAGAGAUAUAAAAUAAUCAUGAGUGUUAAUUUGACACUGUUUGCUCUCUUACAUAUCUUAUCAUAACAUCUUUCACAUGUUAUCAGAAGUGUUUGUUUGCUUAUUUUCUUCCAGGAUUUCAGGCUAUGUUAUACAGCAGGGGUGGGCAAUUAAUUUUUACGUGGGGCCACAUGAGAAACCUGAACUGUGUCGGAGGGCCGAACCAACAAUAACUUCAACUUCAAAUCGGGGGAUUCACACAUACAGCGAAGCAAACCCAAAUAAGCAACUACUAGUUAAAAACAAGCCCAAAAAAAGCACACUCCGGACUCACGAGUUUUACAAGUGACUUCUUAGAGAAGCAAGCCUGAAGUUGUUUAUAAUAAGCGGACUUGGCAACUAUAAGGCGUCUACGAAUAUUUUGCCAAUGUUUAAACUUGUCUCUGUUCACGAAUGCAGAUCUAGGAUGUACGCACAUGCAUCCAGACGGAAAUAAAACAACGGCUAGGUUUUCAAAAUAAAAGUAAUGCACUUGGAUAGCAUGUUGAUGAUUUGAUUGAUGGACCUCACGGGCAGGGACAUCCAACAGGCCGAAUGUGGCCCUUGGGCUGUAAAAUGCCCAGGUCUGUUUUACAGAGUUUUCAAACAGCUUGUCUAGAAAUGAUCGAUUUCUCUUCUGCUUGGCGCAGCUCUCUGGAGUUAAGAAGGAUCUCACUGAUUGUGAGAGCAGAGAUAAACAGAUACUGUUUUAAGAGAUCAUGUUACUGCUGUUAUUGUUGAAAGAAUUUAUAAGAACUUUGCUCCUUUCUAUUUGGCUGCUCGUUUUUCCCUUUUUCCCUUGUUUUCAUCAUCUUAUCUGUACUUAAGAUAAUGUGUUUUAACUAAACCAAUCAUCUCGCUCUCUAGGUUCUCUCUUACCCACUCACAUACACACACCUCGCCUCUCUUACUGCACACAGCCGCUUGCCCUGAACCGCCUCUGAGUGUUUCUGUCUUUCUGUACGCUUCUGCACUGUUGACUGUCUUUUUCAGCAGUAUUUUUUUGUAUCAAGUCACCCAAAAACAAAUUUCAAUGUUUUCACAUCAGCAGGUGAGUUACUAGAACUAUUUGGCAUAGUAAACUUGUUAAUCAGCAGUGACCAACUGAACCCAAAAAAUGACAGCAUAAGCAUUCACUCAAAACUUUCAGUUUCUUGGAAUACAAUGAAAAUCAAAACAACUUUGGUGUAGUGCUGCACUGAGUAAGCCUGGGCGAUUUGGCAAAAACAAUGAUCAUGACAUAUUUUGUCAUAUCGUCUGAUCUCGAUUAUUAUCACAAUUUUUUUAACAGUUUAUUUUAAAGCAUCUGUACUAAAAACUUAAGAAACUAGAGAUUAGUUCAACAUUUUAUUAACAUACAAAGUAAAUAACAAAGCAAAUUGAAUAAGAUGCACUCAGAAAAAUAUAAAAAAAACAUUUUAACUCAACAGUACAACAAAUGUAGAUAAGUAGUAGAUAAUACAGGGAAUUAGUUUACAGUCCUGUUUUUGCAGGUAUGCAAGACACAAAAUAAACGAAUCGCCCCCUUAGGGAUAAUGAAGACGCCUUAAAAUGUAAACAUUAGAUGAUGUAAACGUAAAUAAUACGAUUAAUCACUGCCUACUUCUGGUGGCUGCACCGCUAGUUGUGGCUAAACUGCUAAUGCUACUCUUACUGUCAGCAGUGGCAGGCUGUACAGACUCCGCUCGCAUUUUCAUGCUCUCCGCAUCAUCGUUUGGGAGGUACUUCUUCAAACGAUUAAACAGAUUUGUUUUGUAGCCAGUUUUUUGAGGGCACUGAUCGCCGACAUACCUUGCUCAUCGGCUUAAUUACCCGACGUCACUUAGGAGAUACCCGAACCACUGCCACGACCAAUAACUUCUCAACAAUAACAUCUUCGGAGAAUGACUCAAAGUCACGGCUGACAACUAUCUUGCUGCCCUCAGCUCCGCGUCUCGCUCCAUGUUCGGUCAUUCUGUUUACUUCUCCUGUUUACUUCUCUCGACUCUGAUUGGCUGUUGUGACGCACAUUUCCUCUAUGUUUGACGGAGUAAAUAUGCUCUCAGCUGAUUGAACUGAAAUUUAUCACGAUCAUCGAUCACGAUCAUAUCAUCGCCCAGUCAUAGCACUGAGCUAAUGCACGUAGAUGAAACGAUUUUCAUUCUGGGAUCUCUUGGUAGAGUAAAACAACAACAAAUAGGUGUAUUCCAGGUCCAUUUUUAGACUCGCACUGCAGAGUUAUGACCUCAUUUCAACUGCUUCAAAAAGUAUUAAAACCAACAAGUUCACAGUACGAGCAGAACAAGGGAAAAGUCCUCCUUUGGAGCAUAAUAAAAAAAAGAAAGCAUUCUGUUCUCAUGAACACAUCUUUGUAUUUUUGUGUUGCAGAUUGCAUUGGAGAAGAUCGCCAGCGAGCAUACCAGACUUACUUACAUGACUACAGGAGUACUUCUGCAGAAACUGGUUUCAGCCAAGUGCCUCACAAUGUUCACCCACAUAUUUGUGGAUGAGGUGCAUUAACAGUGCAGAUUAUGUUUAAUGUACAUGUCUCUGUGAACUAAUACUCGUAAAUUGUUUUUGCUGUGUCAGGUAAUAGUAACAGCGCAGUUCUAUUCAGAUCACCUUGUUUAUCAUUUUGUGCAGGUGCAGUUGUUCAUUGAAAUGUUUGACCCCCACACACACACACACACACAUCUUUUUUUUAGAUUUUGUUGCAGUUUAAUUAGUAUUUGGUGGCUGAGGAAAGGAUAGCUGCUCAGUUUUUGUGUCAUUUCACCCAGUCAGUGAUUCUUGACUUCUCUACUUUUUCCCAGGUCCAUGAGCGCACUGAGGAGAUGGACUUACUCCUGCUGGUUUUGAGAAAACUUCUUGAUUUCAACUCUCGUUUCGUUAAGGUGAUUUAGAGAUAGAUCAACUUCCCCUCUUUUGUCCUUCUCCUGCGUCUAUUGAACUUUUCUUUGUUGAAAUUUUUUUUCAGAUCAUCCUCAUGUCAGCCACCAUUGACUGCAGAGAGUUUGCAGAGUACUUUGGCUCCCCGAUAAGGGGCUGGAUGAUGCCUGCCGCAGUGUUUGAAGUGGAAGGGGUGCCUUACACCAUAGAGGAGUUUUAUUUGGAAGACCUCUACAAAAUGUUUCCACACAGAGUUAAAGAGGAUGCUAUCACAGAUAAACAGGUAUAUCAAUUCAAUUCAACUUUGUCAGCCGUACAUAUCAGUGGAAACUUAUAUAUUUGCCCCACCUUGAUUUAACGUAUAACUUUUUAAAGCUUUUAUCUGCCAGUACCAGUAUUAUGCUGACAGUAUUGCACAUCUCAAACUGUCCAUCUGUAAGUACCCGAUGCCCAUAUGUCCAGUUGUAAUUACCUGCAUUCUGUGUUAUGUGUAUGUUUCUGUUAGGCAGCGCAACAUCAUCCAGGAGAUCUUUCCAUUUCAGUUGAGAUGUACAAUCUUGCUGUCAGACUCGUUCAGAGUCUCGAUGAGAUGGAGGGCAAAGAUUUCCGGUGAGCCUCCUUUCUUUAUCUAUAACAACAGGUGUGCAGAUACAGAUGAAUACAUUUGUGUAUUUUUGCUUGAGUAGAACAGCAGAGCAAGGAGGCAGCAUGACUUCCUCUGAGCGAGGCAGUGUGCUUAUUUUUCUACCUGGUUUGGGUGAAAUAAGCUCCAUGCAGGAAGCCUUGGCCACGCUGGUUCACAGAAGGUGAGAUUUUGAUUGACCUCUUUGUUGCUGUUGGAGUUUUUUCUAUUUUUGGCUGUUUGCUGUGCCUCAUUUCUAGAUACAUCCAUGUUUUUAUCAAUAAUAUUGAUUGACAUCAACAACUCUAAAAGUCACUGCACUUCUCAUUCUGCCCUUUUUUGAAAUGUUUGCUUACAUUAUGAGACAUUUUCUGUUGUUCAGGUUGCUGGUUUAUCGUCUCCACUCCACUGUUCCCCCUGAGGAGCAGAAUGGUGUGUUUCUGCCACCUGUCCCAGGAUACAGGAAGGUAAAACCAUGUACCUUGUUCUUCUUGGCAUUUGUUCCUUCUGUGUGCUUCACUUAUAAUGUUUUCAUCUUAACAGGUCAUCCUGUCCACCAACAUCGCUGAGAGUACAGUGACGGUUCCAGAUGUCAAAUAUGGUGUGAUGUUUUUCCUUUCCUCAGUUGGGCUCCAAGUGUUUCAUUGAUAAACUUAUAAUAUUGAAGGUUACAGAAUCUUUGCUCAUGUUGGUGUAUUCUUUAGUCGUUGACUUCUGCCUGGCCCGUCAAAUGGUCUGUGACCCAGACACCAACUAUCAAUCUCUGCGUCUCACUUGGGCAUCCAAAACCAACUGCAACCAGCGUAAAGGUACAAUACUUCCUGCACUGACAUCAACUUUAGAAAUGUCAGGUUACCUUAAUACACUCUCUGUCAGGCAGGGCAGGUCGAGUGUCUAAGGGCUACUGUUACCGUCUUGUCACCAAAGAGUUCUGGAGGAAGGAAAUCCCAGAGUACAUGAUCCCGCAGAUGCUGGUAAGGAAAUCAACACAAGUCCUGAUCUUUUUAGAAGCUGCUUUGACCCUUAUUUGACAUUCAGUCAUACUGUUUACUUUUCUUCCAAGCUCGCCCCGCUGGCCACCGUCGUGUUAAAGGUGAAGCUGCUGGACAUGGGAGAUCCCCGCUGCCUCCUCUCCACAGCCCUCUCUCCCCCUAGCCUGGGUAACGUAGAGAAGACGGUGCUUCAGCUUAUAGAGGUGAGCAAGAAAAUGCAGAUCGAGUGAGCCAUUGAUUGUCUAGACUGACAGUCAAAAGUGUCUGGUUGUAUUUGUGCGUGUGGCUGACUACACAGCUCUGUCACUAAGUGUUAACCCAGGAGAGCUCUCUUAAAGGAGCUUUAUGUCAGCCAGCGUUAACAUCAACCAGACUGGUAUGAGGAGCAGUGCUGUGUCAUUGUGUAUUUUUCUGGGGAACAAGUGUAUGAUAUUUCUGUUUUUUACUCUUCUUAACAGAAUGUUGUAUAUACCUUUUGAUUUUAUACUGUACUCUUUAAAAGUGCGUUUCAAGUGUGCUCUAGAGCACAAAUGUAGAACAAUUUCCUGGUUGAGCUUGUUGUACAGAGAGACACACAAAGGCAGUCCUUUUUUUGACAGAGGUGACUGUUGAUUACCUUUUAAUGUUCCUAAAUCUAUUCUCAUGCAAAGUGUUUUGGAGCUGAGGGGCCCCACAAGUUUAAACACGGAUAGCACCUCUAUUAAACCCUUGGCUUACUGGCAACCAGCAGACUUGGCGGUGUUUGCAGAUGAGUCGUGACAAUCAGGAAAUUGCUGUAAUGACAAUAGAUGGAUGUUUCUUCCGUAGAUGGGUGCACUGUCUGCCAGAAGCGAUGAAAAGGGCCACAUUGAGGAUGGCAAUCUGACGUUCCUUGGCCGGGUGCAGGCCCACUUACCUGUGGAUCUGUACCUGGGGAAGCUGAUUGUCCUGGGCCAUGCUUUUGGAUGCCUUGAUGAGUGCCUCAUCAUAGGUCAGUUUGUCACUACACCUAAGUUUUUAGGGCCCCUAGCUUAUGUGCACUGGUGGCACUCAUUGUUUAUGUGUUAAUGUGCAUGUAAUACUGUAUAAUUAUUAUUAUUAUUAUUGAAUAUCCCUUCGGGGAUUAAUAAAGUUAUUCUUAUUCUUAUUCUUAUUCUAAUUCUUAUUCGUAAAUCCUCAAAUAAAGGUGCUCCAUCUGUGACCGGGAGCCUAAUAACAACAUUGAGGACACGUUUUCAAAGAAACAAAAACAUACACCUAACAGGAAUGUCUGCUACAGCACAGUCUGUUUGUGGGGGUCGAUCCACAGACAGACCCAGUCUGAUUUUACUCCUGACAGUUAUAAAAAUGAAAAUAGCAAUGUCAACAUUAGAUCAAUAGAUUUAUUAAUGAGUGUAUUAUCCCUGGGUCAUCCAGAGCGAAAAUUACUGGUGUGGGGCUGCGAUGAAUAUAGUGGUUAAAAAUGCCACUCCAGAGGUUUAUUAAACCCUUUGUGGUUUGUGAAUGAAAGUGCCUUUUUGGCUAGUUUUAGCAAAUAGGGCUCUGAUUUUGUACUGAAUACUAAAAAGUUAUUGUUCUCAGAGACAGUGAGAAUUUGAUGUAAAUGGCUGCCACUUACACUGUCCUGCUACACACAAAGGCCUGGUACCGCAGAGAGUUAAAAAAAAUGUAAAACCAGGCUCUUUUUUGAGGAUCACAGCGUGUUUUUGUGAGCUGUUUGAACAAAUAAUAAUAAAACUUUCUCUUAUGCUCAGCUGCCUCUCACUCUGUGAGGAGUUUCUUUGUCACCUCGUUCAUGCUACAGCUUGCUGGAAACAGGUGAGUCACAUCCAGCAGCUACAAUCAUUUGCUGACUAACAGGCUGUCAGUGUAGAUCGAUUUUGUUUCCCUCUGAAGUGACACAACAUAUUUAGGGCAUUUCUAUGAUCAAGUAAUUCAAUGUUGUCAAGACCUUCACUUUUUACCAUUGACUCACUUUUACAUAAAACCUCUUGAGGUUAGUGAAAUGCCAAAAAAUGGAAAACAGAGGCUCAGUCUGGACUGGCUCCAAAAAAUCCCUUCAAAAUGAUUACACACUGUUAAUUAAAAUACUUUUGAAGCAUAACUUGCUAUUCAUGUGCUCUUUCUUCUCGAAAUCUAGAGUCCCUUAUUCAAUAUUUUUGAGUAUAUAUUGGCAAACGGCAUAUUUUAGUUUUCAGGUGGUACCCACGCAGAUGCCCACACAGCCCAGUUUGCAAACCAGGAGGUCUUUUGAUCCACCUACUGUAGAGCAAAUGCAAAUUUUCUCUUGUAUCGUUUUUUUUGUUUGUUUGUUUGUUGGUUUGUUUUGUUUUGGUGUAGUAAGUAAUUUUCUGUGUUCCAGGAGCAAGUUGGCCUUUGCCCGUGGCACAUCAAGUGACUCCUUACUUUGUCUCAACGCCUUCAGGGUAAUGUGUGUAGUGCCAAGCUGGCAGAUCCUUUUCUUGUUACAUGUAUUUACAUAUUUGCCUGAAUUCCUUCUUCUUUAUUGUCUCUUUUCUUUUAGGCAUGGCAAUCUGCAAAAAAGGAAGGAAAGUUUAGACACCCCAAGGUGAACAAAAUCACAACCAAACACAAACAUGAAGAAUAUAAGUUGAGUGUUGUUCUACCAGGUCAAAAACAUAUCUAGUCUGCUGUUUGUAAGUACAGAGCUGAGUCUUGACAUGCUUCAGUAUUCAUCUUAAAUGAUCUUAAACAAGGCUGGCAUUGAAAGAAGUAUAGUUUUACCAAUCUUUUGUGAAUAAAUUAAGCAUUUUAAAACAGGCUUUGUCUCAAAGCUGAAGCUGACAGAGUGGUUGGAGAAGAAAAGUACUUGGUUUGUUUUUUCAUUCCUAGUUAGUUUAUUCAGUUUGUCUGAUCUAAGAAACGGGUUCUUGCAAAUGGCUUUGCUCCUAAGUGCACACUCUUAUCUUCAUUAUUUUGGUUGCUUUCUCCUUAGGAUCAGAUGGACUGGGGAAAGGAGAACUUCAUUCACAUCAAGAGGAUCAGAGAGGUACUGAGAUGAAGCAAUGAGCUGGAUCACAUGACCUCAUCCAGCCCUAUUAAAGGCAUCAGUCUGGUGAACAGCAGGUUUUAAUCCUGCAGUUUGUAGUUUUUCUCACAAAGAAAGGAACGUUUUUUUGUAUUCAGGGCCUUUCCUGAAGUUUUGCACUCAGACUUUCAAUCUUAAGUCUGUAUAAGACUGCAAACUUUCAGUUAAAAAUGUCAUUUUUAGUUUUCUGUAUUUUUUGAGCCUUUGACAGAUUUGAGCUCAUUGAUCGUUAAACUUCUGAGUAUUUAUCAUUCAGUGGUAAGCAUGUCAAAUUGAUAAUUCCAAAUGCUGUGAUUUUUUUUCAAUUGAGGUUCAUCUCCUCUCUGCAUUAACUCACUGUCCAGGUUGAAGAGCUGUAUGAGGAACUGAAGAAGCGAGUGUCUCAGUUCAACAUGCAUGUGCAGGAAAACACACAGCCCUUGGAUUACACCAGCACACACCGACUGAAGUUCAUUCUCCAGGUUAGUCAGCUGUGCAUGUCCUGAAACGUACAUUAUAUGCACAUCUGCACAUGCACAGUAUAUAUCUUCUGAAGAAAACAUCAAAUGCUCCAGGUUUUACUCUGUCCUGUCAUAGGUGGUUAUGGCAGGUGCCCUGUAUCCCAACUACUUUGUCCAGGGAGAGAUUGAUGAUCGACUGGCCUCCAGAGAUAUGUGCGGCUCGAACGCCAGAACAACAGUGAUGGUACAACCCACAGUGUUUGGAGCAAAGCUUUUUUACUGCUUUUAUCCCCACCUCUCUGUUGUGUAAUAACUAUCAGAAGCUUUAUGGGCUGUCUCGAUGGCUUAAGCAUUUCUGACUUGUUUGGUUAAAAGUGUUGAAAUAACUCAAGACCACAUGCUUUGGUUUCAGUUGAGAAAACUCCCUCCGUACAGUUUCCUGUAUUACAAGCAGCUGCAGUCUCUGUUCCGCCAGUGUGGACAGGUCAAAACCAUUUCCUUUGAGUGCUCCAGGUAAAGAGGGUCAUCGGAGCAAGUUAGGCAUUUCUUUUAGUCAUCAAACAUUGAAAUGUGCAUACUCAUAAUUGACUGUGUUUGUUUUCUCAGAGCAUAUGUGGAGUUCCAGAGGACAUCCCGGGACUCAGGGGUGCUACCGGAGGUGUCCCUUGCCCUCCUUAUGGGGAUGCAGAGACCUGGCAUGGAGCUGCGUAUCCACCCCAUCGAGCAAAUAGAAACCUUUGCUAGGAGCAGCGACAAUACAGACUUGAAAUGUGCAUGGUACAGUCCUCUACACACAUCACAAAAAGUUCAGUUCAUUUGACUCAUGUACAGGAUCAUCAAGGCAGGAAAAAUGCAAUUUUUCUCAAUGAUUUUAGGAAUGAAAAGACUGAAAGUGAACUUGUCCAUUAUGUCGGAGCCCUGUUGUCUGUGUGCUGUUGCUAUGCAGGGUGAAGGUUGACGUGCAGAGCCAAACCGCCUCUCUGGUGAGCAGUAUCCUCCUCCCAAAAAAGCUGCCCCCUCACCCCGUCUUUCCUGUCAACGUCACAGAGGUUAGUCCUGUACAGUUGUCUUGGUCUUACAGUGCUCAAUUGCUUCUUUUUUGCCCAAAUAUCUGAUUCUGUCAGCGAUGAAUCCAGUCGUCAUUCUGAGCUCUGCUGUAGGUGUUUGAGGUGGGAAAAUUCUGGGGCUUCAUGGCAGAUGAAGCGAGCUUGCAGAAGCAGCGCAGUCUGACAGAAGAGAUAAACAGGCGUACGCUGCAUCCUGUAACGGUGUCUCUCUACCCAAACCUGCUGUGCCUGGCUCCUUACUCUGAAGAUGAAUCGCUGGGCUCGUACUACCGGGCCAAGAUCCUGCACAUUGGUGGAAACAAAGUGGAGGUAAACCACGCAAACAAACUGCAAGUCUCUGAUAAAGAUUAAGUGAACCCAGUUCUGUUACUUUUUUCCACAAUUCUCUCUGCAUGUUACUUUUUCUUUGUACAUUUAUUGUAGUAGCAACUUAUACUAGCGAAAUAAUAAAUCUUAUUCAACUUCUUUUUCAAAGACUUAUUUUUUAAGUUUUAUUUAUUUUAUUUCAAAGGGUAGAAUUGAACCCUCGCCGCCUGCAUGUGUGGGGCACUUAGACCACUAGACUUUUUGCGUGCAAUUGUUUGUCAGUGUGGUUAAUUUGUUAGGGAAUGUUUCCUAUUUUGAUUUCAGACUUAUAAAAUGUUGACAUGGUGUUAUAGCUGGUAUAACAGACUGACCUCAGAUUAAGAUAAUUGAGUUUAACUCCUACACAACAUUAGCAAAAGUUAAAGUAAUCCAAAAGAACCAAGCAAGGGAAAGCUCUACAAAAGACACAAGUAAAAACAAUCAUUGAGCAACACCCACGACACACAAUCUGAUGUAAUUGAGAAUUUGCCCUCAUUGUUGAACAUUACAUGCUGCUGCUUUGCCACUUAAAGCGUAUUGGGAUACCUUGCAAUGCAGACAAGUAUGCUAGUGCCACUUUACAGCAGCAUUUCUUCCUCAUUUGGUCAUAAUCAUGCAUUUAAGAAAACGGUGUUAUACUGUUGAGAAAAUAAAACAUCUGUUUUGUGCUGGUUUGCUUGAAAACACACCUUCACUUAUCUCAAGUGAGUGUUGGAGGUGUAAAGUGCAUCUCAAGGCCAAUAGGUUGUUGUGACCUGUACCUCACAUCUAUCAAAGUUACAGUUUUGAGUUUAGGGAUGUCGCUUCAUGCUUAGGAUAUGUUGUCUUCUUUCAGGUGCUCUUCUUGGACUUUGGCAACACGGAAGUUGUUGACCUCAGCAGCCUCAGGGAAAUCCCCUCUGACCUCCUGAACCACCCAUUUCAGGUAGUAAACACUUUGAGUGACUCUUGUUGUACAUCAUGCACACGUAUCUUCUCAAAUGUUCAAGCUGUAACAGAUCAACACUCUGCUCAUGGUCUUAGGCCCAGGAGUUCAAGGUUGCUGAAAUGCGCCCCUCAGCCCAGUCCAUCAUCCUGGGAAACCAGUGGAGCAGCAGCGCCCGCAGCCGUUUCUACUCGCUGGUGUCGGGCCAAACACUCUUGGUGAAGCUGUACUCCAUACUCCAUGAUGUCAUGCACGUGCAGCUGCUCAUCAACACAGAAACAACAGACACCACUGUGCUGGACAUCAUGGUGGAAGAGGGGCAUGCUGUGAAAGCCGAAGAGAGCUUUGAUUCCGAGGUGAUACAGCAGACCUGCUCGGGUUUACUACGCAACGAUAAUAUCAAAGGCCAUACUUGAAUUACUCACUUCAGCUGUGUUUUAUGGUGAACAAAUAUGAUGUUUUGUAUGUUGCACUCAGAUUUUCAUGUGGUGUGUGUCCAUUAUGUUGCCCGCACAAUGACCCAGCUAAAUGAAUGUACACUACUGGUAAUGUCCAGCAGAUGGCGUGGUGAGGCGGGGAAGUUACCUGCAUUGCUUGGUCUGAUUGCAAUCGGGGCAUGAAUCUUACAGAUGUUUGAGCAUUUUGGGGUCCAAACAGACUCUUAACUGUUUUCUACAUAAACCUUCGAUUAAAAAAAAAAUAUAUAUAUAUAUUUUACUGUCCUACAAAUCCAUACCAGUGCUGUAUGCACAUUUUAGAUAAUGUCUUUUUUAUUGCAUGCCCUUGCAGAUGGACCAUGAGAGACUGAUGAAUGUGUACAGCCAAAUGGAACGAGGGACUUAUACCCCCAAUUAUGCCGGCAGCUCCUGGAUGGAACGCAUGAAGAAGGAGCAGGAACUUAUUGACCGUCUGCUUGAUCACUUUUCCGAGAGUCCCCGUGCCUGUUUUGGACCAAAGGCAAGAUACCCUUCAGUUCACGAAACAGUUUUGUAUUUUAUUCACACUGAAAUCCUAACAAGUUUUUAAAAAAUUCCCAGGGAGAAAACACUAAAAGGGAAUCCGUUUCAGGAGUGUUUUUAAAAAGGAACAGACUUAUGAGUAUCUGAGUUGGUAUCAGGUGGAUAGUGUCAUCAAGUUUGCACUCUUUGUUGCUCUGAGUUUGCCCAGGAGAGGGUGCUAUUUCAGUAGCUCACUUCAUGUGGUUUUUUGUUCAUUUAAAGACACACCCAUUCUGUCUGACUAGCACAACAAUGACGACAGGGUGAAUUAAGCUGACUGACGCACACAAAGACGUCAUGUAUCUGACUACAGCCUUCUUUAUAACACAACAGGUUCAUCUGCAUGGACCCAGCAGUCCAAAUAAAACCUUCUUCCACUGCUUGGGCAAGAGGACUCUCCACGGGUAAAUGUCACGUACUUGAAGUACAAAAUGAACUCGCAGGUUGUUCCCUUUUGCUUAUGAGUGUCCUCUCACAGUCAAGUGUGGAUCGAUAGGACCAGCAUCAACUCCUUGGCCGUGAAUGAAAACCCUCACUACAAACAUCAGAGGAUGCUGGUGGCUGGGACUGUGUCGGUCAACUCCUCAGGUACCAGAUAACUCAACUCCCUAUGAAUUCAAACUUGUGGGCUUUGAUCUAAUGCUUUAAAACUGCACUAAUCAAGAUUUUUGGUAUAAACAUAAAAUACUGACUGUAUGGAUUGAAAGUAUCUGCAUUAUCCAUCGAACACACGAAUUAUCACCGAACUCUUCAGUGUCCCUGAUCCUUAAAGAGCCUUUUAGUUUUUUAGCUCAUUGUUUUGUUUGUAAAUUUUACUUUUAAUGCUCCAUCUGUUUUUCCCAAAAUCUGUGAUACAACCAGCUCUGAAUGUAACAUUUUUGGCUGACAAAGCCUGGAAAAUGUUGUUGCUUCUUUAAAGUGCAUCCCUUGUCAGUGUUUAUUUGUCAACAUCAGUUAUUGCAGUAUUAGAAAUUUUGGUUCUGUUGCAGGGACACAAAUCUUACUGAAAGAUACCUCCAUCAUGCCAGACAUCCCCGGACUCCCUGCGCUUCUCACCAUGCUCUUCACCCCUGUAAUGGAGCUAUGGUAAGCAGACUUAGAACAUUACAACCCAAAGAAAGUAAAAAAAAAAAAAAAAAGACUGCAGCAUUUUUUACUCCCCAUUUUCAUAGCACUAAUGAAGAAGGGACCUGCUACAUCGGCGCCCUCUGUGGCUUGGGCUGGAACAGCCAAACACAGAAGGGCAUCCUACCUGAGAAUGACAUUGAGCUCGCCUUCGAUGUCAGGUUUGAUGCUGAAGAUAUCAUCCAGGUAAGUCAUCACCAGGACGACUCCAGUGCAUUAAACUGUUUUACAAGUUAUAUGUCACCACAAGAAAUGAUAUGUUUUUUAAGCUUUACAGCUCUCUGAUGUUUUUCUGAAAGCAAAAAUAAUCCGUAAAGGACAACAAGCACAGAGUAAAAACUAACAUCAACACCAGAUUUUGAUCAAGCUGUACUUUGUGGUACUGGCUCUGGCAUUUUAAUGAUCAGCAUGUUUUACUGCAGGGCUCUCACAUCAUGAAUCACUCUCUUUUUGUAUUACUGAUUGGUUAUUAAUUUCUUUGGCUCUCUUUAGAUCAACGCCUUGCGAGCGGCUGUGAACCGUCUGGUGUGUGAAGGUGUCAACGGCACUCUACAUCUGGGGCCCAACAAGAUCGCCCAGCUGCAGGAGGACUGCCAGGACCACCUCAUCGGGUAGCAAACACAGAGCCACUGAAAACAGUCAUUAACAGUAUGAAUAAGAAAUGUUCAGUAUGUUUUUAUUAUGCCUUUCAGACUUUUCACCAAGUCUCCACCCAGAGAAGCUGUCACCCCUAUGGAGAAACACCUGAUGUGGAAUCAGGUAUACACACAAUAGGGCUCCUUUUUCUGUACUGUAGAUUGUCGCUUUUGUUGCUCGUUAUUCCCGCCCAUUGUUUGAUGAGUACAUUUAAACCAAGUUUAAAAGAAACUCUCUCUCUGUGUGCUUGCGUGCGUGCGUGCGUGUGUGUUGAACCAGCUGGUGGAUCCUGCUCUGGAGGAGCUCAAUGUUGAGCCUGGAAGCACAGGGACCAGAGAUGUUCUCUUCCAGCUACAUCCUUUUACCCCCCUCAACAGCUAA